AAGAGCGAGAGAAAGAGGUUCGUUUGGGAUGGAGAGAGAGAGAGAGAAAAAAAGAGAGAGCUUUGCAUGUCUCUGCGCUUCUUCUCCUCAAUGUGAUCGAUAAAUCGCUCCGGCAACGCCACCAUCACCUCCUCCUCCUUUCCCUUCUUCAGUCGCCGGCCACCGCCGUUGCCAUUCCCGAUAAUGCCCGCUCACAAGCGCCCCCAUCAUCCGGACGACCCAGAUGACCUCUCGUUGCCCCCGCACGAUGCUGUCUCUGAGACUCAGCCCCUUCCCGAUCAGCACCCGGAGAUUUCGGCAGUCAAGGAUGAGUCCGAUGGUGAGGAUGAUAGCUCGUCUUCUCAAAGCGAAGCUGUGAAAGAGGAAUAUAUCAUAGUGAAAUUAUCAGAUGUUCGGAAAGAGGUGCAGUGCCCUAUUUGCUUAGGAAUAAUCCGGAAGACAAGAACAGUUAUGGAAUGCCUGCAUCGCUUUUGCAGGGAAUGCAUUGACAAAUCAAUGCGGCUUGGGAACAAUGAAUGUCCAGCUUGCCGGACUCAUUGUGCAAGUCGGCGUUCUUUGAGGGAUGACCCAAACUAUGAUACUCUUAUUGCAACUCUGUAUCCAGAAAUAGACAAGUAUGAGGAGGAGGAAACAGCCUUCCAUGAGGAGGAAAGGACUCGCAACAAGAGGAUUCAAGCAACUAUUGCUGAGACUUCGCGGAGACAAUCUGAAGCACUUGGGAAGAAAAGACCCAUGGUCAAACCCACAACUGCGGUUUUCACAAGAAGAUCUAGUUACCGCAAUGCUCAUGGACAGAACAGCUAUAUGCGUGGCAGAAGAAGAAGCAGCCGUAACACUUCUUUUGGUGGUGGUUCUGAUGAUGAUGAAGAGGAUGUGAAUGAGAAUGAUGGUGGAAAAGAUUCCACAUCUGCAGAAGAGCACUCUCCAGAUUUACGGUCAAAAAGGUGCAAGAGAUGGACCGGACCUCGUUCAUCACCUGCUCGAACAUCAGCCAACACAGAUGUUGGCUCUGAAGACAAUGAGGAUCAAGAAGGAAGCAGAAUAAACUUGGGCACCUCUCCAUUAAGGGCAGGAACUAGAGAAAUACUUGCAUGGGGCAAAGGCGGCACCCGAAGCCAAAACCGACAUGGCAGUGCAGGUGGUUCCAAUGGCAGGUUUGUCAAGGGUGGGCGCAUGUCCAAGAUGGUUGAAUUCCUCCGUAAUUUAGAUGAAAAAGAUGAUGAGUUUGAUUUACAGUUAACCCUGCUUCCAUUGGAUGAGAGUCUUGUGCCUCACUUAGAGCGACCAUACAUUUGCUGCAGGCCCACCCUGUCCAUCAGACACCUUUGCCAUUUCAUUGCUCUUGAAAUCUCUGCACAAGCAGAAGAAGUUGAGAUUUCUGUAAAAAAGCCUGAAAAUGGUGGUAGUGCUUCAGAAGAGUUUCAAGUAAUAGGAUCACAUGAAACUGUAUCAGAGUUGCAUGCUUCCUUCUCUUCCCAUCAUGGUGAUCUGGUAUUGUCUUAUAGGUUAAGAUGCAGAGCUAGUGAAUGACAUGAACUUGCUUGAAUAGAGACAUAGCAACAAUUUACCCAAAAUAAUCAAGGAAUAUGUAAAUAGCUCAUAUAUAUAUAUAUAUAUAUUAUACAUAUGAAAACAAAACGGCAGGUCGAAUACCAUUCAGGGCUACAGGAUUUAUCCAUUAGGGGAUCACAACUAUCAUGAAGAUCCAAAUUUUAACUGAUCAGAAGCUCAGGUACUCAUUUUUUACUGUCUUUUUUUCUCUUCACCAUCACCAGUAUGUGUAGAGUGUAUCUUCUAAUUUUCUUUAUCUUGUAUUGAAUUGGGAUCAUCUUUAUAUAUAGAGAUUUCAUUUUCAUUUA